AUGGCGGCUUCGCAAAAGGUGCUCUUCAUUAUUGGCGGCGGACCGCGCAUCGGCCAUACCGUAGCCCGGAAAUUCCUGAGCCAGGGGUACCAAGUCGCAAUAGGGCGACGUCACAUUGACAAGGUCGAUGUUGAUGGUGCAAUUCCUGUAUACGUCGACGUCACCAAGCCAGAAACCAUUGAAAAUGCCUUCAACGAGGUUGAGUCAAAGCUCGGGGUCCCAACCGCAGUUGUGUACAACGCUGCCGCCCUUACCUUUCCGCCAGACAAGGAUCCAUUCGGCGUGACACCAGACGACUUUGCCCGCGAUCUCACAGUCAAUGCGAGCGCUGCGUAUAGUGCCCUCCAUCAUGCCACUCGCCUCGCGCGACAGCGGCAGAAUGAGACUUCCCCUCUGGUCUUCAUUGCUACGGGCAAUGUUACUCCCUUCCAGCCCAACCCGUUGGCUGUGACUCUUGGCGCCGGCAAGUCUGCGCUGGCUCACAUCAUCUCUAUCGGAAGCCUUGCCUACGAUGCCAAGGAGUUCAGGUUCUAUUUUGCUUCCCAAGUUACCGAAGAGGGCGGCUCGGUGCCGUAUCCCCAAGUGAAUGCUGCGGCGCAUGGAGAAGCCUAUUGGAAGCUUGUGAAUGGAGAGGUGGGUGGCUGGGAUGUGCGAUUCACAGCAACUGUAAAUGGCUCGCCGAAGUUUGUCUAA